AGGACCCAGAGCAGACAAAAGCUAUUACACAGCCUCUGAGCGCACACCCACCUACACACACACACACACACACACACACACACACACACACACACACACACCUGUGACUCCAGCACAGUGUUCAGACCAGUACAGAGGAGGACCUUGGCCUGUCCAGAGGCACAAUUAAAACCCCAAACUCCCUUCCGGCAUCUCAGAAGUCAGUUGACUUUGACUCCAGGAAAAUGCAUUUUUGAGAGUAAAGGGAGUGAGCUGAGCCUGGCCCAGAGAGAUAAAGCAAGGAUCAUCUGACAUCUUCUUCAGUUCACAGACAGUUCAGAAGUUAAAGACAGACCAGGAGGAGAAAAGAAAGGGCCAAGGAAGACUCAACAGAGGAGAGAGUGGAAAUUCAUUUCUGACGAUGGAACAGAUUUGGCACAUGCAGGUCUCCCCCCAGGACACUGCCGGAGAUCUGAAAAAGAAGGUGUCAGUCACUAGCCAGCCAGAGUGCUCCAUCUGCUACAACUACUACGACAAUGUUUUCAAAACACCCAAGCUGCUGGAGUGCACCCACACCUUCUGUCUGGAGUGCCUCUCCCGCCUCAUGGCUGUCUCUCUGGCUGACCAGGACGAUAACAGCGGCAGCACUCGCCUCUCCUGUCCCUUCUGCCGUCACCCCACCAUGCUGCCUGAGGAGGGACCCCCUGCUCUGACAACCAGCCACGAGGUCCUCUGCAAGCUGCCCAGCCACCAGCAGCACGAAGAGCCAGUGUGGCUGGAAGGGGAGAAGCUGUGCUACAAGAGCUCAGGGCAGGACGCCAGCUCGGGCGCCCCUGACAGUCCAUCAGCCUUCUGCAUCUGCAUUGAUAUUGGAGCGAGUAAGGCAGUGGAUGCUCCGAGCCAGACCCAGACCCAGACCCGGACUUUUGGCCUGCUGGACCGGCUAUCAGACUGGAAGAGGAUGGUGCUCUUCAUCGUGCUCAUGGUGCUGCUUAUUGUAGUUGUGUUGUGGCCACUGCAGUGUGUAUUCACCACUGGGAACAUGCGCUGUAUGCGAGAACCUAUCCACUCAAACCCAACUACCCCCCCAACAACUACCACUCAUCUCAACCUGUUCGCCAGGCAAACUGGUCUGACAGAUUAAACUUAUAGACUGACUGGACUUCACUGGAACUAUAUUGUUUAUGACACAUUUGACACUGUACAUUCUUUGUGCAUAACUGCACUUUCGCUAAGUGCACAUUGACACACACAACUGUGAAGACCUCAGAUGUCUAACUUGCAACAGAACCACAGAUGUUAAAGCCUCUAUGUGUAGGCUUUUAAGAUGUCUGACGUUAGUGCCCCUGGCAGUGGUUUCAACAAAAGAGAGACUGUGGUGGACCCCGCCAAGGGAUGGAGAUGAAGGAGCUGAGAGCUAUACCGACAGCACCAAUUUUCACUUGAAUUUUGUGUUAUUGUGUCAUAUGCCAUCAGACUUAUUAGAAUUAGGUUGAAUUUCAAAAUAAGAAUCACAUGAAAAUUUAACCCAUAGCAACUUCAACUGUUCAUACAAGCUUGCAAAGACACAAAUGAAA